UGACGUCAGCCGGAGAGUAUUAUGGGCUGUCGAGCGCUGGCUGCUGCUUUUCUGCUCCUGGAAGCGGCCGAGGGGGGAAGCGGCGAGUCAACAUGGAGCUCUCGGCGGUGGGGGAGCGGGUGUUCGCGGCCGAAGCCCUCCUGAAGCGACGCAUUCGCAAAGGACGCAUGGAAUACCUCGUGAAAUGGAAGGGCUGGUCACAGAAGUACAGCACGUGGGAGCCGGAAGAAAAUAUUCUGGAUGCUCGCCUGCUUGCAGCCUUUGAGGAAAGGGAACGGGAGAUGGAGCUCUAUGGCCCCAAAAAGCGAGGACCCAAGCCUAAAACCUUUCUUCUCAAGGCCCAGGCCAAGGCAAAGGCUAAGACCUAUGAAUUCAGAAGUGACUCUGCCAGAGGCAUCCGGAUCCCUUACCCAGGCCGAUCACCACAGGAUUUGGCAUCUACUUCCAGGGCCCGAGAGGGCCUUCGGAACACGGGUCUGUCCCCACCAGGGAGCAGCACCAGUGCCUGCAGGGCAGAUCCACCUCGGGAUCGGGACCGGGAUCGAGAAAGGGAUCGAGAAAGAGGUGCCAGCCGCGUCGAUGACAAGCCCAGCUCGCCAGGGGACAGCUCUAAGAAACGAGGACCCAAGCCCCGGAAAGAGCUCCUAGACCCUUCACAGAGGCCCUUGGGAGAGCCCAGUGACGGCCUUGGAGAAUACCUCAAAGGCAGAAAGCUGGAUGACACCUCUUCUGGGACAGGAAAGUUCCCAGCCGGCCAUAGCGUGAUCCAACUUGCUCGAAGGCAGGACUCAGACCUGGUACAAUAUGGUGUGACCAGUCCUAGCUCAGCAGAGGCCUCUGGCAAGAUGGCUGUGGACACCUUUCCAGCCAGGGUGAUAAAGCACAGGGCUGCUUUCCUGGAGGCCAAAGGCCAAGGUGCCCUGGAUCCUGGUGGCCCCAGGGUUCGACAUAGUUCAGGUACCCCAGGCUCAGUGGGGAGCCUGUAUCGGGACAUGGGGGCCCAAGGGGGAAGGCCCUCCCUCAUCGCCAGGAUCCCAGUGGCCAGAAUCUUGGGGGACCCAGAGGAAGAGUCCUGGAGCCCCUCCCUGACUAACCUGGAGAAGGUGGUUGUCACAGAUGUGACCUCAAACUUUUUGACCGUCACCAUUAAGGAGAGUAACACGGACCAAGGCUUCUUUAAGGAGAAAAGAUGAAGUGCUGGGAAUGGGGAGCCCAGGACCAGAGCAGGCGAGAGGGAGCUCAAAUGUGGCUUAGUGCUUUUUAUUUCCGAGUGGCUGUGGCCUUCUGGUUGGUCCUGUCCUUAACGUCAUACCAUCUCCCUGGAGUCCCUGUCAUUCCUCCUUUCUCAGUUCUGGUUGGAAAAUUAUCUAGAGUUCUAUUUUCUAUUAGAUGUAAAUAUGUUAUUUAAGAAAAAUAUCUAAAUAUAUAUAUUUCAACUCUUGAAGUUCUUUUAUUUAAACAAGGAGAGAGAGAGAGAGAGAGAUUGUGGUUUGGUAGGGGAAGACAGACUGAGCUGGUACAGAAGGGGCCCUGUCCCGCAGGGCACUAGGAAAGUUGGGGGCCUGGGCACUGGGAUUCGGGAGGGUGUGUGGCGGGACUCGGCUGGCCACCUCCUCCUUCUACCGCCCAUUCCCAGUGCCAGACUCCUGGCACCCAGGCAGGAUUUUUGCUCUCCUUCCCAUUGGCCAGCUAGGCCAACAAAAGGUUGGCUUCCCAAUCAGAAAAAGGGGGGUGGGGUCAGCCCAGUUUUCUUUCUUCUAUUUUUUUCUUUCUCUUUUUUUUAUGUUUUAUUUUAUUUUUUUUUAAAGAUUAAGUGGUCUAUUAGGGAGGAAAGUAUUAACUUAAAUAACUUUUUCGCGCGUGUUGUUGAAGGUAGAAAAAGUCGCGAGUGGGUGUGGCGCAGUUCUCCCAUAACCACACAAGAAGAUGCACUUUAUGGGAGAUAUGAGUGCCGUACACGCGGAUUGUGUGUGUGUGUCAUGUGGACAAAAAUCUCCCCGUUCCCUCAAUUCCUUCCCUUACUUUCCAGAGAGAAAAAGAAAUCCAGCGAAUUUGUUUACAUUCCCGAAAUGCCAGGAUAAAUUGGGAGGAUUGCGUGUCAGUGCCCAGAGCACCAGACAGUUGUUUUACAAGAAAAAUGUUCGGGUGGACUUUUCCUUUGCGCGUCCUCUAAGCUUUGCCAGAAGACAGGGCGGCCCCACCUCCCAGGAAGACUUGGACAAGCCUGGUUCGUCGGGGGAGGGUGGGCCCUGCUCUCUGAAGGACGAACCGCCGCCAGGCCACCCCGCGGGGCUGGCCCCGGGCUGCGCACCAGGCUGGUAGAGCUGGAAGCGGGGGUCGCAGCCUGAGUGGAACUUGGUCAGGUGGGGCUCGGGGCGGAAGGGAUCGGCGGGGUUCCCAUCCAAGAAUGUGCAUUAGAAGUUUAGUUUUUUUACCCCCCUUUCCCCUUUCUUAAAAGCAAAAGCUGUAAUUUAUAGCCCCUUUCGAUUCUCGGAGUGCUCGCUACGUGAACUCGACGUUCAGACUCCUCAGAAGAGGGUGGGGGAGCGGGAGGUGGAGCGGGCGGAACCGAGGACGACUGGCGCCCCACGACCCUCUGCGCCCCUGGUCCCAGCCCACUCCGGACGGCGCCUCGCGCAGCUCCGACUCAAAAGCACAAAUCUGUCCCCCAGCCUACGGUCGCCCCUUUCAGCAGGGAUCUUGCGGCCUCUCCGCCCUCUCCGCCCUUAAAGGGCCAGCAGGCGAUCUAACUUCCAGUGCUUUUGGAGGGAGGGGUGCCAGGCUCUGCUUGUGGGACGAAGCACAGACUUUUGGGGGUGGGGUGGGGACUCUGGGCUGGGUUAGAGGAGCUUGGUAACGGAGAGGGACUGAGAAGGACCCCAGCCUCGUCCUCCGUCCUCCUCUCUCCCCAUCUCCAGAGUCUCAAUCUCUCUUCCCUCCAGACUUUCUUCGCCUUUAAAUAGAGGGAGAAAAAAGGAAAAAACGGUGUAUUCUACGUGUUUUUAUUUGUUUUUGAAAAUCAAAUUGCGCCUAAAGAGAAGCCCCUGGAAUGGGGAUUUUUAUCUGCUCAUAUUUGUAAAACUGGUAUUUUUGACUUUGUAUAAAGAAGCGCCGUUGAUCGUGUGUCUGUCUAGAUGUCGACCCCAUUUUCAGGUGAACCUGCUUUGGAGGGCACAUCUGUGACAGAGUGGACCAUAACUCUGGGACAGGAGUCCCUUACCUGACUACCCACCUCCUCUCUCUCCUCUCUUUCCUCUCUCACACCCUCCUUCCCUCCAGCCUUCCUGGUUCUGCCCUCGUCUUGCCAUCUGUCCAUGGCCGUUGUGUGUGUCUCCUUAGCUCGCUCUUGAGAGGCUGACCUGGGGGUGGGGUGGGCAGGGGUCUGGGGCCACGUGGCUCCGAGUCUGCAAACGCAGACGAGCAGAACGCUGUUGGGUUUAUGAAUUCUCAGUUAUGUACAAAUCUCGAAUUGAUCGCCGCCUCAGCUCAAGAGUGAAACUUCGGUACCUAUCUUCUUGGGUUGUGAAUGUGUCUGUAUCCAGUAUCACUUUUUACGUGUUUAAAUAUAUACUUUGUAAAUAGA